AGACUAGAUUCGAUCGGUUCCGAACUGAACAACAUUUCUUCGGCUACCGGCCACAUUUCUCAUUCAUCUAUGGCAACUACAUCUACAGCGCCUGUAGCGACGAGCUCGACAACAUCACCCAUUCUAACAUCAUCGGGGACUGCAUCGUCGUCUGGAGUGACGUCUAGACAGCAAACAACCACCGGUGCAGCUAUGGUUACCAUAACCAACCGAACAGCUCCGGAUGAUGGGACAACAAAUAAACUUUCUGCAUUAGCUUCUUCAGCAUCCGCUUCGUCAACCUCGACUACCGCCGUUGCUGCCUUGCCACCGUCAGCUUCGGCGGCAAUUUCGGUUGCUGCAGUAGCUGCGGCCACAGGUACCCUAGCCAGUAUGAAACAUUUAGGUCACAACACGGCAGGUAAUCACAGAAGUAUCAACAACAGCAAUCUUGCGUCCCAACAGCAUCAGCAAAUACAACAGCAGCAAUUUCAUCAUCAGCCACCACCACUAUCUCGAACUUUAGUUCAAGCUACUCCUCAGCAACAGCAAUCAAGCAUUUUAUCAUCUCAUCCGGCCCCCGGUGGCCCUCCAAAUGCGCAUCCGCAUGCUCCUGGACCAUCGGGACCACCGCCCCCUUCUUUUCACCAUAUACCGCCAACGGGGGUCUCAUCAACCGUUGCACCUGCCGUUGGACCUAUGGGGGCAUCGGGACCUCCAAACUAUCACCAUCAUCAUCAUCACCACCACCAGGCAGCGGCAAUGCUAACGCUAGCGGUCAGUAAUCCACCAACGACGCUGCCACACCAUCACCAUCAACAGAAUAUCAACUUAAACGUGAACCAUCACGUGAUCUCCGCACCAAUCGUGGUGGACUUUUCCAACAUGACCGUCAACUGUGUUCAGUUAGGGCAAGAAAACCAACAGCAUCAUCCGGUCAAUCACAGUACCGUUCCGAUAGGUCCGACGGGACCAUCCCUGCCCCCUGGCAUUGGCGGAAGGCUGAAGUAAACUGGAACAAAACAUUUCUGCGGACCGGUUGGUGUGUUAGUUGAACAAGUGAACUGUGUGACGAUGAAGAAUAUCGCCAGCGAAUUUUUUUAACUAUACUGUUUCGUGGGAUCCUUGGAUCCUCUGGGACUUAAAGUACGAUACUGGUCUAAUAAAACAAGCCGUCAUUCGAAUACCGACAGGUAAUGUCAAAAGGAUAGUAGCGCUAACUUCGCAAUUGUCUUGUUCACAAACCACAAAGUCUGUCGCGAUGGUAGCAUGUUCUACUGCGUUUACUUUGCUUUCUUAGCGUAGAUAUUCGAUCCAGUUAAAAUGGUUAAAAUCUAAUAUGAUAUCAUGCUUUACAAUUUUUCUUGAAAAUUCCACUCAUAUCUUCAACUUUCCCGAAGACCUUGCACCAAUUCGAUAAAUAAUUUUAAAUGAAGGCUCUAUUUGUCAUUGCUGUUUAUAAUAGGUUUCUCGAACUUUGCUGAACGCCUUUAAAAUUGAAGCGUAAUUUAAAAUGGUCAACUUGCAAUAUAAAAUGCCAAUUGUAGAUUUUUUGAAUCUUUUUUCCGUUUUUUAAAAACAGCAUCAAAACUUUUUUCUCAAAAAUCGAAGUUGAGUUUCGAUGCUGGUUAUUUUUCGAUUUUCAUCUAAAAUUUUGUAUAAGUAUUGUUCGUGUGGCCAAUACAGCAUAGUUUUCAAAGAGGCUUAAAAACCUUGUGAAACCUAAGAUGCAGCCAAUUUGUAUUUCUUCUUCUCCUGCUGGUGAUGUUUUUUAUCUUCAUCUUAGAUAAACAAAGGUUCCAAUCUCUAUUUAAGUAGAAAAAUUAUUUUAAUUCUUCAUAUUUUAGUGCGAAUAGAUACAAUGCUUCUUUAAAUAAGUUUUAAUUUUCGAAAUUUCAUAUACCUACUCAACGGUGUGACUCACCUCUAAAUAUAUUUUUGAAAAUUCACAUAGCAGAACACAUUCACAGAAUAGAAGGCUCGUUUUGCGUUACGUAUCGCGGAUUGAUUUUUGCACUUUCGUAGCUUAUAAACUGAAAAUUUGAUAACCAUUUUCCAAAUCGUUUUCUACUGUAGCAUUGCCGCAUUCUUUGUCAUCAACUAAUGUGUAUUAAAAUUUCCGAAUUAUUGGAUGAGUCUUCUGUUCUAAAGUAUGUGCCUCAUAUAUUAAACCUUCGUUUAUUGAUAAUUUUCGUAAUUGUGUUCACUUAGCAUCAAAGUUCAUCACGAUUAGAUCCCUUUUAAGUUAGCAAUGAAUUGCUUUAUGGCACACACAUUCAUACACCAUAAAUCAAAAUGAAAUGUUUCGAUAGGUAUCGGUUCUAACAACGAUUAUUGAACAUGUGUGAAUUAUUUUUCGUUUGAUCUGUGAUUGUAUUUUUCGCUUACAAUUUAAGUGAAUUGAUAAUUUUAAGUCAUUUUCUAUCUUAGUAGCGUAUAUAGUUUAACUGGAACGGCAGUUUCUCUUAUAGAACAGAACGAUCUUUGAAAUCUAUAAAAAAAAACAAGUAUAAACUAAAACCUUCUUUUUCUAGGGCAAGCAGAAUAUCCAGAGAGAUAUUUGUCAGUAUCACUCGUCAUACAUAAUGGAUAGCGUAUUGUAUUAGAAGCAAGCGAGAAGAGCACACAUUUUAAAUUCUUUAUAGAUGUGUAAUUUUAAGUGACUCUAAAUGUAGGUGUUUUGUAGUGAAAGUUUUCUGGAGUAAAAUAAAACGGAACAUGCAACACAAUUGUAUCUUAUGCUGUACCCAUAAAAGAGAAAGCAGAAUAUUUAAUAUUUUUCUAGUUAUUCAAUUAGGAGUGCAUAAUAACUCGAUAAUACCUAGCUCCUUAUUAAUUAACUGUACGGAAAUCUUUUUGAUUUCAAUGUAACGAUCUCAUUUGCAAAAGUUGCUAACUGCUAAACACAUUUUUGUUGUCUACUGAUAGCGAAAUGUUGAGGUAUAAAGACUAAAAUUUUAUCCAAUAACACUCAAGAACACGAAAAAUUUGAACAAAAAUCGAAGUUUGCAAAUAUCCUUACAGUAAAUACAUAAUAACGCUAAGAAAACGAUACAGAAUAUUGCAGAAAGUGUCUUUUAAAGAGUAGAUAUUCAGCGAGAAUCUAAAUAUCCAAAACCCUCUCUUAAAUUAUCAUUCUACAGGAAAAAUAAAUAAGCAUAAUCGGAUUUUUGUGUUCUAUUGUAAAGAAAAAGCAAAACUUACUUUGUAAAUAGCGUUGCGAUCGAAGCAGAAAACAUGAUCACGUGUCUUAAAAUUUAGUAGCGACAUAAAAAAUAACGAAACCCCUGUUUAAAGUAUAAUGUAAAAUUAUCAAUGUGUCAAAACGUAAGACAAGUUCCAAACAUUUUAUUUUUCUUUCGUUCGCAGCAAAGUAAUCAUACCGAACAUUCCGCCGAACCGAACUUCUCAGCAGUCUUACUAGGAUGUCAUAGCAGUACGACUGACGAAUUCAAUACUUUUGACUAAACUGACGAUCUCUGAUUAUUCUUUUUUUACUGCGUUGCGUUGUACAGUUUUCAAUAAAAAAAUACUUUGAACUAGAAAAAGCAUGUGGAACACAAACUUCCACUGUUACCUAAUAAUUUAUUUGUUUGAAAGUGAAGUGCUAUAACAAUUUGUAAUGUUACGUGUUCUAUUGAAAAUUAAUUUAGCCAAACUAAUGACAGACUGAUUGUUUGUUGUGUUGGUAGAUAGUGGUAAAUAUUUUGUUUGACAGAUGAUAAUCCACUCAUUAAUGUCAUUGGUUUUUGGUUUGUGUUGAUUUUCUGUUUAAAUUAAUUGGGUACGAUUCAUCUCCAGCUAUCGUUUUCUGAGUCAAUAUGCCUGCUGGGAAACAUUUCGUUUCAUUCUUAGAAGGCAUAUCAUUUUCAAAGAAUUUCUCCUGUUCAUGCUACGCAAGAAAGGUACUAAACUAAAGCUCAUUUUCAUUGACACACGCACAUCUACAAGCAUUUAGUUGUCACUGUUCAGCUAAGCACUGGAACACUAUAAAGUCUACAUAAGAGAAAAACUGAAAUAUACCUCUAUUUAGUAAAAUGUCGAAAAAUAGUAACUCUAUUAUUUACAUUAAGGCGGUAAGAUAUAAGACUUCCAACUCUCAACAUCUUUACAUAGAACGAUGGAGGGUGGGUUAUUUUUGGCAAGCCCACUGCUUCCACUAGUGCACGAAGCUUAUAAAUUGUACGCUCGAGUUGCCGUAACGAAUCAUCCAUUGCAAUAAACCGUCAUAAACCAGUUAUUAACACAGCACUAUUAUGAAACUCAGAGCGAAUAUUUAUUAGUAACACAAAAACAUCAGGACUAACUUUUGAAAGCGCUGUUGCUAACCAUUAUAAAAAAACACUUUUACACAUAUACAUAAUCGAUUCGAUCUGUGACUGUACGUUUAAUUGCUUUUUAAUCCCUACAUUAGCAUUAGUUUUUGAAAAUAAUUCACACUGUCUCGUUGUGUUACCAGAUUUAGGUUGCGCACCUGGAAUGCUUAUCGAGAUUUUCGUUUUGAUUAAUCCAAGUAAAAAAAUCAAUUUACACCUUCACACAAAUAUUAUUUUACACGAUUUAGAGAAUGAAUCAGAACAUAAUUAGAUUAAAUAAUAUUUAAGAAAAUACAUAUUUAAAAGUUCAAUAUAUACACAGAAAAAUAAAAUAUAUAUACACACAUUA